GGCCCAUCGCUUGUCGCGGAAUCCUGGCAGUGAUACCGCGCGCACUACGUUCUGCAUCUCUCUUUAUAAGCAACUUUCGUCCAAUAACCUCCUCUGCCAAGCGAAAGUUCCCCUCUCCGGAGCACCGCAUCCCUCCUCUCUGAGUUCGCGAAAAAACCUCGUACACACUCGCGGGAGACCUUGUCCGAGUAGCCUCCUCUCUUUCGCCGAGCAAAGUCGCUUCCUUAAAAGGCCCAACGUCGGAUAUUACCUUCGCGCGUGCGUAACGCCGUCGCGGACUCGAGAGGCUCGAAAAAAUCCAGACCCAGUCGUCCGCUGCUAGUCGUACGUGAUUCACCUUUCACGAGUAUCUCGGCUCUUUUGUUCUUCUUUUCUUCCGCGGCGGACUUUCGACCCGAGCGUGGGUGGACCGGCCUGAGAAGAAGAAGAAGAAGAAGAAGAAGACGAAGAAGAAGAGGAGGACACGGUGGUGUGUUUGCGUGCGAGGUAGUGAAAAAGAUCUCCAGAGGCUCCGGCGUCAGGAUUCCCGGCAGCGCCACCCCCGCCGCCACCGCCACCGGCGCCUGGUCAAGUGCCAGCCCUCAGGAUCAGCACUGCGUCAGAGCUCGGUCCCCGGAGGCCGGCCGCACUGAACGCCGGAGGCCAGGACCCGUAUGAGCCGCCGGCGGCCAUACAGAACGCCAUGAUGACCAAGGACAAGAAGCCCUUCACCUACACGCCGGGUAUGGGCGGCAAGCUCGACCUCUCGCAGAUCCGCAGCCCGCGGAUGGCCCGCCGCGUCGCCAAGAACGCCAACGACGAGGGCAUCGAGGGCCCGCCCAAGUCCUCGCUCGCCCAGGAGCCCAGGAGCCCGGGCACGCCCAACCCCCAGAUGUACUCCUGCCCCCAGGUCGCGGUCCCGGUCUUCCCUCAGGGCAUGCCGCAGCAGCCGGCUGUCAACCCGAGGAACAGCACCUUGGCCCGUUCGCCGCCGGUCAUAGAGCGAGUGCAGAGCGAGCAGCCAGCCCCGCGACCGCUCGUCAAGGUCGAGACCAAAAUCCAGCCCGUGGCCAACUCCCCGGACACCCCGACGCCGCCUACGUCGCCCACGCAGGUGACCCUGGCGAAGGCACCGACGCCCUGGAUGCAGAAACAGGCGAAGCAGCAGGAGGAGCUGCCCGAGUGGGCCAAGAGGUCGAGCCUCAACCGGCAGGACUCGUCCUCCUCCGGACAGUCCGACAGUCCCCAGCAGCAGCCGGCUCAGCUGCCCAGACAAAUAGUCGUUGUCAGUUCGCCCAGGCAGCCGGCGCAACCCCAGUACCAACAGCAGACGAGACCCGUUCGCCAGGAGAGCGAACGAGCCGUACCGGUUCGCAUCGAGGACAGGCCGUCGGUCUUCGCGGCCAUGAACGAACCCGGUCACCAUCAGCUGAUGAACACGACUCCCCACCACCAGUCGCGCUGGGGCAAUCCUGUGGGUAUGAGCGCAGCCCCGCCAGCCGUGCAACAGAACCAAGGUGGAGCUUACAUAGUGCCGAUUCAGGUCGACGGGCAGCAGCAGUACCAGAACAGCCUCUCGUCGCCCACCAAUGCCAAUCACAACCCGAUGCAAUAUCAGCCAAACAGAAACGUACAGCGAGUCCAAGUGCAGCCGGUCUACAACCAGCAACCCGAACCAGGACCAGUGCAGUCCAAGUCUUUCAAAGUCUUGCAGAAGAUCACCGACACAGACCCCGAUCAGAUCGACGGGGAACAGCUGCGCAAGCUUCAGCUCACCGAAGACGACAGAUUCCUCAUGAACAAAUUCAAAGAGCAAGUUGAUGGAGACGGGACGUACCUGCACAAAGAAGAGGAUCCCAGAUAUCGCGGAGCAGCUAUCCCCUCGCGAGCCUUCCGCUAUUUGCAAAACAUGACAGAUUCUGGUGAUGGGUCCAACGUUAAUUCGACACCCAGACCAGUAAACUCGGCUGUCAGGAAGCAGCAAAAUCGAAACUCGAAUUCAUUCGACGAGGUGCCUAUACCAGUUCAACACAUCCCGGCGAGUCAACAGCAGGUGCAAGAGCCGAAGAAGUACAUGGGUGGUGCUAUACCAUCCAGGUCGUUCAGGAUACUCCAGGCGAUGACAGCUCCCGAGAGCAUCGGUCCCGACGUCACAGAUUACUAAAAGCAUCAGAGAGACAAGAAAACCUCAAAGGGCAGUGGACUGCGACUAGCGCGUUUCUUCUCGUUUCAAAUGGAACUUACUACUAUAAUAUACCUUCUGUCCUCUUUUUUAUCAAUCAUUUUCGUAUAAUACGCAGAUUCGGGAAAAAUCAGUUAAUAUUCGCGUCGAGACAAGGCCGACGUAAUUUCACCAUAGACUUAAUUUUUAUUCGCUUGCGGUAUAGAUCUAAUUUUUGUACGACGAUGAUAAUGUUCUCGAAUUAAGCUGUUCUACUCCGAAUAGCGCACGUAACGAACUUGUAAUAAUGCAGAAGUCGUGAAAUCGCGCUUACGUAAUAAUAUUCACUACACUCAUUGUACAUUUAUUAUUAUUUACGUAUACAUGUACAAUAAUCGAAGAGUUUUUUGAUGACAAAGUGAUUAUAUAUCUUCUAAAUGUAUUUUUCUCUAAUAUUAGAUUGUUUUGUUCGUUUAUUCACUUUAUUUUUGUUCGAACGCACUUUAAACGUUAUAUUUAUGUAAACUCAUCUAAGAAUGCGUAUACGAUUGUAAAAAAGAGAAAAAAAAAAUCAAAUAAUAACAAUUAAUAAUUUGUGUUCUUGAGCUUUGUGAGAAUCGUGAUACAUCGCUAGACAUUUAUUGUUGGACAAACGAAAUUGUACUUAUAUGGUUUCAGAAAAUUUGCUGAACCGAUAUUAAUUAUGAUAGACAUAUACUGUAUGACAUUGUUAUCACAUGACAGCACACGCAAUAAUUAUGUAUUCUGAUGUUUGUUCAGGUUGAUGUAAAAUAAAUAUUGUUAUAAAAUAAAUAAUACAAUGUCUAAUA